AUGGAAGAUUCAGAGUGGGAGGACAAAGAGAAAGGCAAAGAAGUAACCCAACAAUGGGAAGAUGAUUGGGAUGAUGAUGAUGUGAACGAUGACUUCUCUCUGCAGCUCAGAAAGGAAUUGGAAAUCAACACUGAGAAGAAAUGAGCUACAUUUGCACAUGAAUUCGUUUUCUUCUCAAUGUUG